AUGUCCGGCCCCGACUCCGAGCCCUGCGCGGCACCGCCCGCCCCUGCGCGUCAUCGCCGCUCGACGCUGCGAGGUGUCAGCCCGCCGCGACACGAGUGUCCCGAGGCGGGGUGGGCGCGGCGGGGCCCGGGCUCCGUGCCCGGCAGCGGGGAGCGGCGCGUCCCUGCGGGCCGGGACCGGGGCUCGGGGCGACGCUCCUGGGCUGCCCCGGGCGGCUCGUGUCAGCGCCCGGUUGGUUCUGUGCGCGGAGCUGUGCGGCCCCGCCUGGCGGUGCGAGGGCUCCCGCUGAGGUUGCGGCAGCGGCACCGCCCUCACCCCGCCGGCAGCUCCGUUUGCGCCGCCCCGGAGGCGCUCCCGGGGCCCGCGGGCGCCCCUGCUCUGCCCUUCCUUAGGAAACGCGCUAAAAAUAGGAGCCGGAUCCGCGGCUGCGCCCGGCCCCCGCCACGGCUUUGUUCUGCGGCUGUUCCCACACACACCCCGUCCCACAGCGCGCCCCUCGCCCCGCUGGGACGGCAGCGCCGAGGCGCAGGUUAUCAUGAGACAAGGCUGGAACGUGAGAUGUGCAGAACCCUGCCUGCACCCCUGACAAAACCCUCCUACUUCAGCCUCACGGAUGUAAAUCUGCCCCGCAGGGCCAGGCUGCAGCAGAGGUUGAUGGAGGUUCAGCAGGAGGGGGAGGCCCUUUCAGGACCGGUUUCUUCUGGUCGUUGUUCCCGCUCAGUUUGAAACAUCGCUGGCCCUGGCACCACUUCCAGCCUCUGCAGCUGACCUCGGGGCCGAGUCCUGCACGCAGCAGAGGCCCCAGGACCCCCUCUCGCUGCCCCCCCGGGAUAUGCAGCCCAGCCCUUGCUCUGCCUCUCACUCAGAGGCAACAGCGUGCAGGCGUUUCAGUGGUGUGGCUCAUUGAAGCGUGUGCAGAGCCAUUAAAUCUAGGCCCUGAGGA